UCUGGCCGAGCCGCGGUCGCGGUGCACAGCCGCGCGCGGUCCUCGCCGGCAUGGAGGAGCGCGGCGACUCCGAGCCUACCGCUGGCUGCAGCGGCUUGGACUCGGGGAGCGAUCGCGGUGGCGGCAGCGCUCCCUCAUGGGCCCCCGAGGACGCCUGGAUAGGCACCCACCCUAAGUAUUUAGAAAUGAUGGAAUUAGAUAUAGGAGAUGCAACCCAAGUAUACAUAGCAUUCUUGGUUUACCUGGACCUCAUGGAGAGUAAAAGUUGGCAUGAAGUAAACUGUGUGGGAUUACCAGAACUCCAGCUCAUCUGCCUAGUUGGUACUGAGAUAGAAGGUGAAGGAUUACAGACUGUGGUACCUACAUCCGUCUCCGCUUCCCUCAGCCAUAACAGGAUAAGAGAGAUCUUGAAGGCAUCUCGAAAAUUACAAGGUGAUCCAGACUUGCCAAUGUCUUUUACUUUGGCUAUAGUGGAGUCUGAUUCUACAAUAGUCUAUUAUAAACUUACAGAUGGAUUUAUGCUGCCAGACCCUCAGAAUAUUUCCCUUAAAAGAUGACAUCUACACUUCUUGGUGCUUAUUUUAUUCGUAAGAGAUUGGAUUUGAGACCUAUCAACCUGCUUCACCUUUCCUCUCAGAGACUGACUCAGAUUUUAUCUCAGGGUUGACUUAGUUGGUCCCAUUCCAUAAUUUUUAUUUCUGAAGAAUAAAAUUUUCCCAGAUAGAUGAAUUUGUAUUACUCAAAAACAUAGAGCAGCUGUUAGGAACUUUCUUAAUAGAGACAGCUGAAGUACAGUUGUACACAGGUUAAGUCAUGGUUCUGUGCAGAGAGGUGGAACACGUGUGUGUCAUCUGUCGUCCCAUACUCAGCUACCACUGCUAGGUCACUGCAGAAGCUACAACCCCUGUCCCUAGCCCAGCUUUCCCAGUGCCUUUUGCACUCUAACUAGCUUGGGUGGUGCUUCAGAUGCAUUUUGACCUCGCAGAGUUUACUUUUGCCUGUGUUUUCCUCCUUCAUAGAAAGUAGAAUGUUUCUUUCAGUUGGUUUAUUUUCUUGCUAUACUUUACUGCUACUGUACUUCUCUGCUUGGUUGACUUUGAAUCAAAACUGAAAAUACGCUCAUAGAGGCUGCAGAUUUACAUACCUGCGUUAAUAGGGACCAGAGAAAUGCUACCUACAAGAGUACUGGUCUGCCUUUCCAUUCUUUCCACCACCAUCCUUGGCAUAUCAGAGCUGGAAGAUUUUAAGAGAGAGUAAGGGAAAGUAUCAACCCUAAAAAUGCCUUUAUUAAUUAGAUCCAGUUAUUCCACUUUUAUUAAAUUGUACAAAGUAUGAAAAAUUAUAUACACAAAGAUUUUCCAAGUGAUAUUACCUUUAAUAGCCCAAAAGAAAAUGUUUUAGGCUUUCUUUAACAGUCUGUCAUUACUGCUGUUUGAAGCAUGAAAGUAGUCAUAGACAAAUGGGCAUGGCCAUGUUCCAAUAAAACUUUAUUUACAAAUUUGAGGCUA